AUGGAGGCCACAGCUCUUCGAUCAUGGGAGCUGGACAACAAUGUCCAGCUGGUUGACGCCAAACGGGACGCACUCUACAACUACGAUGCCGAUGUCCAAAGAGCCAUAGCCGACGCUAAACCGUGGAUCAAGGAUCCGAACUACUUCAAGUAUGUGAGGAUCAGCGCCGUCGCCCUGAUCAAGAUGACGAUGCAUGCGCGGUCUGGAGGCUCGCUGGAAGUCAUGGGCCUGAUGCAAGGCUACAUCGAUGGAGAAACCUUUGUGGUGACGGAUGCUUUCCGACUACCUGUAGAAGGCACCGAGACUCGAGUCAACGCACAGAACGAAGCGAACGAAUAUUUGAUCGAAUACCUGGAUCUCAGCCGUGCACAGGGCAGGCAAGAGAAUGUCGUUGGGUGGUAUCACAGCCAUCCUGGAUACGGAUGCUGGCUCAGCGGCAUCGAUGUCGAGACGGAGGCACUGCAGCAGCAGUUCCAGGAUCCCUUCUUGGCUGUGGUCAUUGAUCCCGAUCGCACCAUCAGCGCCGGAAAGGUCGAGAUUGGGGCAUUCCGCACAUAUCCCGCCAACUAUAAACCGGAGGGUGCCGCUGGAUAUUCAUCAGACGGAUUCCAGGCAGUCCCCUUGGACAAGGCCGCCGAGUUUGGCGCUCACUCUAGCCGAUACUACAGUCUCGACGUUUCCCAUUUCAAGAGCACAUUAGACUCUCAUCUACUAGAGCUCCUGUGGCAUAAAUAUUGGGUGCAGACUCUGAGCCAGAGCCCUCUGCUGACGAAUCGCGACUUUGGUAGCAAGCAAAUGCUGGACCUCAGCUCCAAACUCAAGGAAGCAACCUCCAAUAUAAUGAGAUCCAGGGUAUCUCAGGCUGCAAUGGUGGGUGGAAAGGGCACUGACAAGGCGGUGGAAAAGCUUGCUCAGGGCUCAAACUUGGUUGCCAUGAAGGAGUUGUCUGGAUUGAUGGCAGCGGAGAUUAAGGCAAAGGUGUUUAAUGACUUGGGCACUCCAUCAGCAGCACCAAAGGCAACAGCAACAGGCGAAACAGCUAGUAGCUAG